AUGGCGGGCUUCUACGCGCCGGGCCAGUUCGCCGCCGUCGCGCGGUGCGUCUUCCCGCGCCUCGAGCUCCCCGCGGAGACGGUCGCGCCGCCCGCGCUACGGAAGCUCCGGUCCGCGGUGCUCCUCGAGGCCCGCGGCGGCGGCGAAAAGGCGACGGCCGGCGAGGCCUUCGCCGCGGCCCACGCGACGGCGAACACCUACGACAAGGCGCGCCAGCGCGACCUCCUCCUCGGCGACGCCGUCGUCGGCCGCGUCCUCGUGUCGCUCGCCGCGCGGCUCCGCGCGCUCUGGGCGUCGGGCAAGGCAUCGUGCGUCCGUCUACAUACCAUCAUCAAGCUACGCGCGCUCGUCUCCCUCGCCGUGAUGGCUCCGAAGCGGCGCGCCGGGAGCGCGCUGGCGCCGGCGACGCCGACGAAGCGGCGCGCGGCGGCUCCCAAGGCCGCCGCAUCGGCCGCGCCGACGCCGACGAAGGCGCCGCCGCCGGCCGAGGCCGCCGCGGCCGUCGCCGCCCUGGUCGCGUCCGCGCCCGCGUCCGCGCCGGCCUGGGCCGGCCCGGGCCUCGCGCACUGCGCGGCCGCCGACGGCGGGCGAUUGGGGGAAAUCGUCGCGAGGUGCGGCUUCCCGGACUACCUCGCCAAGGACGUCGCGGACGACUCGGCGUGCGCGGCGCUCUGCCGCAUCAUCGUCGGCCAGCAGCUCGCGGGCGCCGCCGCGGCGAAGAUCUGGGCGCGGACGUCCGCCGCGCUCUGCCCCGGCGGCUUCGCCGCGGCGGCCGUCGCCGCGGCCGCGGGCGGCGCCGCGGAGCUCCCGGACGACCUGCGCCAGGCCUGCGGCCUGUCGCGCGCCAAGGCCAAGGCCGUCGUCGGCGUCGCGCGCGCCUUCCUCGCCGGCGACCUCAGCGACGAAUCGCAACGCUCCGACGGCGUCUUCGCGCUGCAGAGCACGAGCAUCGGAACCCGCGAUAUGGCUCGCAAGAAGGGCGCCAGCGCUGCGAGCGCAGCGAGGCAGCAGCAGCAGCAGCAGCCGCGCGGCUGGGCCGUGCCCGCGGGCGUCGUCGCCGUCGUCGCCGUCGCCGCGUCGGUCGUCGCCGCGCGGUCCUCGGCGCACGCGAUCGUCGAGGAGGACGCCUGCGACGGAGACGACGCGACCUGCUGGACCGCCGCGGCCUUCGACGGCGUCGCCGCGGGCGACUACGGCGCGGCCGCGGCCGCGUUCCGCGCGCUCGGCGCGCUCGACGGCGACGACAGCUUCGCCUGGCAGUGGCUCGGCCGGGCCGAGGUCGCGCUCGGCGACCUCGCGGCCGCGAGCGCGGCGUUCGACCGCGCCGCGCGGACGCUCGGCCGCCGCCUCUUCGCCGACGACGACCUCGAGGCGCGCACGGUCGCGAGCCGCGACGCGCAGCUGCGCCUCGACCGCUCGCGCGCGGACGCGCGGCGCCGCGCGUCGCGGGCGCCCGGCCCGCCGCGGGCCAUCCCGCGCGUGCGCUGGGAGGACGUCCCCGCGGGCGGCCUCGACGCGUCCACUCCGUGGAUCGUCGAGGGCUACGACGCGCGGCGCAACUUCACCCUGGACGCGCUCGCCGCCGCGUGCGGCGCCGAACUCCUCCGGUCGCGGCUCUGCGCGCUCAACGGCGUCGGCCCCUGGAGCUGCGACAUGUACCUCAUCUUCCACCUGAAGAAGGCGGACGUCCUCCCGCUGGGCGACCUCGGCGUCCGCGCGGGCGCGGCGCGCGCCUUCGGCGUCCGCGGCCGCGGCAAGAACGGCGCGCUGGACAUGAAGAAGGACGCGGACGUCCUCGAGGCGCUCUUCGCGCCCUACGCGCCCUACCGCAGCCUCGCGGCCUACUACAUGUGGCGCGUCGUCGACACGAAGGCCUUCAACCAGGACGCGGACGCCUGA